AAACGUUGCGUUCAAUUUAUCAAAAAAAAGAAAAAAAAAAACGUUGCGUUCAAGAAGAAGGAAGUUAAACAACGGAACGGAGCGCCAUGUAACGAAAAACAAAAACAUUGAAACUGGUUUUUGAAUAAUAAUAAUAAUAUUUGGGUGAUGGAGAUAGAGUCGCCGGAGUGCCCGGUGUGCCUCCAGAACUACGACGGCGACACCGUAAUCCCCCGCGUACUCGCUUGUGGUCACACCGCCUGCGAAGCCUGCCUCCUAAACCUUCCCCAACGGUAUUCUCACACCAUUCGCUGCCCCGAAUGUAACCAACUUGUCAACUACCCUUCACAAGGCCCCACCGCUCUCCCCAAAAACAUCGACCUCCUCCGCCUCACCGGAAAUUCCCAUAAGCCCGAUAAAACUCCUCCGAAUUACGACCCUUGCCAUUCCCAAUCCCACCAUUUCUUGCCUCACUUCUGGUCUCACGAGUUCUUCUCUGUCUGGAAACAAUGGGUUCUACCCAACGAUGCUGUUUUGAUUGAAGGAGAAGGAGAGGAAGCUGAGAUGAUUCGUGUUGGCUUUUAUGAGAACCAAAGGGUGAGUGUUUUACGCCUUGUUUCUUUACAUGAUGAUGAUGAUGAUGAUUCUUCUGUGUUUCGUUAUAGCUAUGUUGUGAAGGUUAUGAAUUGUUUGAGUGGGAUGAGAGAGGAGGAGAGAGAGGAACUGGGUUUGAUUCUGAGAGCUCAGAAGAAGUUUGUGUGUGAAGUUUUUGGCUUGUGGGGUGAUUUGGAAGGUGGGUUUUUGAGUUUAGUGUGUGAGAGGCAGAAUGGGAGUUUGUUGGAGAAAUUUGGUGAUUUGGGAGAUAGGUUUUUUGGUGAAGAUGAAGAGGGUUUGAGUAAAGAUGGGAUUUCUGGUUUUGCGAUGAUCGGUGCGGGAAUUUGUGAGGCUGUGAUUACUUUGCAUUUUGAAGGAUUGGUUAUUGGGUGUUUGGAUCUUUCGUGCUUUAGUUUUGAUGAUUUUGGUCGUGUUUGUGUUGAUUUGAGUGCGGUAUUGGUGGCUGGAAGGAAGCUUCGAAAGCAUGUUGUGGAAGCUGUUUCUGGUAAGUUAAGAAUUGAUGACAAUGAGAUGGGAGUGAUUUUCAGUGGUUUAUUGAAAAAUGAGGCUCUUUUGAGCCCUCAGCUUUUGCUUGAGUUGUUGCAGAAAGAGGGGAUUGCUGUGGAAUGUGGAAGUUCAAGAUGUUCGGUUGAUUGUAGCUCGGAUGUUUGGUCAUUAGCUUGUGUGCUAAUGAGGCUUCUUAUUGGAAAAACAUUCACUGAGGAGACUUUGGAAAUAUGUGAAGAAAAAGGUUCUGAUUAUUCUACUUUGUAUACGGGUUGGGCGGAGAAAGUUCGUUCUUUAUUGGAAACUAACUUGGGUUCAGAAUAUGCUUCAUUGAAUCAGAUUCUCUGCAAAUGUUUGAAUUUUGAUCAGGGAAGUCGCCCGCUUGCAACUGAUGUGUGGAGAUGCAUAAGGGAGUUGUUAAUCAAACCUAAGUUUGAUAUCACAGGUGGUUUUAAGCGGGAAAUUAAGGAGAAUAACUUAUAUCAUUGCUUGAUUUUUGGGAAGCUGUGUCAGUUGCCCAUUGAAAGUGCAGAAAAACAGGGAGAAGAUGGUGGAACAGAUUUUGAUCAAGUUGAUAAAAGGGUUGACAAAAGCUUUGUUGAAGGCCUCUCUGAGGGAGUGAUCAAAUGUAAAGAUCUUCAGGGCCAUCUUGAUUGUAUUACAGAAUUAGCAGUUGGAGGGGGUUUCCUGUUUAGCUCCUCAUUUGAUAAAACUGUUCAAGUUUGGUCAUUGCAGGACUUCUCUCACGCACACACUUUUAGAGGUCAUGAGCAUAGAGUCACGGCUCUAGUUUAUGUGGAUGAAGAACAGCUGUGCAUAAGUGGUGAUAAUAGUGGUGGCAUAUUUGUUUGGGCCAUUAGGGUCCCUUUUGGGCAAGAUCCUAUAAAGAAAUGGUAUGAAGAGAAAGAUUGGCGCUAUAGUGGUAUCCAUGCCCUGACUAUUUCAGGAAAUGGCUAUCUCUAUACAGGCAGUGGAGACAAAUCAAUAAAAGCAUGGUCAUUGAAGGAUGGGGCACUUUAUUGCACAAUGAAUGGACAUAAAUCAGUAGUUUCCACUCUAGCAGUAUGUGAUGGGGUUCUUUACAGCGGCAGCUGGGAUGGAACUAUUCGAUUAUGGAGUCUUAAUGAUCAUAGUGCAUUGGCGGUUUUGGGGGAGGACAUGCCUGGAAAUGUGACAUCUGUCUUGUCCCUUACUGCUGAUGGGGAUAUGCUCAUUGCAUCUUUUGAAAAUGGAUGUAUCAAGGUCUGGAGGAAUGACGUGUUAAUGAAAUCCAUGAAAUUGCAUCAAGGUGCCAUUUUUACUACUGGUAUGGAGGGUAAAUGGCUAUUUACUGGAGGUUGGGACAAAAUUCUCAAAGUACAGGAGUUGAUAGAUGACGAGUUCCAAAUAGAUGUCACACCAACUGGAUCAAUCCCUUGUGGUUCUGUCGUAACAGCUUUGUUGUGUUGGCAAGGAAAGCUUAUAGUUGGCUAUGCUGAUAGGUCUAUCAAGGUGUAUUUUUAUGGAAAGUGAUCCUUGUGUCUCUUGGUGUGCUGCUGUUUCAUUUCUUUUUAUGUGGAUCAAGUGCUUUGGAAGCUCCAGGCCUUAACUGCUUGUUGAAUUGUGCGAUGUCAAAGUUAUGCUAAAUUUGUGAAUCCUUUCAUAUCACUUCAAACUUGAAAGAAGUUGCUGAAAGCUGACCGAGGGAACUGGUGUUUUUUUGGCAUAAUACCCUAUGUUGAAAUGCCACAAGCGAAAUACAUAUUAAAAAAAAAAAAAAAAAAAAAAAAACUCAUUUUGCAGAUAGGAUGUAAAACAUAAAAAUAAUUGUUCAUACAACACAAAAUUUAUGUUGAAUAUAAUACUAUAGUGUAAAUACUGAUGUAUGCUUAAAGACUGAUACCAAACUAAAUUGCAAAUAAGAUGAUUGGAUAUCUUUGUACA